UCUUCGGCUUGCUCACCACCCCCGACAUCGAUGGCAUCCGCUGCUCGAUACAAGGCUGCCUUUGACAAACAUCUUCAGGCCCAGUCGUAUGUGUAUCGCACCGAGCUGUCCGUGCCAUUGGCGCCAGCAUUUGCUCUGGACGGCGUCGACGGUCCUCUCGCCUGGCCAUGGACUUCGACGCAAGAGCAGCAGCUCACAGCACUUUACACCAGUAUCAUUCCCGCAGCCAAGAUCGCGAUGCUUGAGAUGGAGACGUGGGAGACGUACCUCGAUAUGAAGAUUCUUCCAGCCCUCCAGCGAUCGCUCUACGUCAAUAGCCCUGUCCGUGUGGUCUUGUCGCAUCUCUGCAUCGACUCUGUCGGAACGACGCUGGCGCCGACGCCCGAGAUCCCGCAUGUCGUCGGGACGCUUGUGGUCUCUUUGCCGUCAACAUACGAGGGUGGUGAGCUGACGUUCACCAACGGCACCGACACGCAGGUGUUGACAGCGUCGCGGGAAGGCGUGCAGCUCUUUGCCUCGUUCAAUAAGAUCACGAGCGCGCCAAUCACAUCCGGCCGUCGCGUGGUGCUUGUGUACGCCUUGACGUGCGACGCGCAGUCGUGGGAGCCGCCGGUGACCCGGGAUGACGUCAUCGAAGCUUUUGCAGCGAUCGCCAACGACCCACCGAGUGAUAUCCCUUGCAUUGCGCUUGGGACCAGAAUGCAAAUGCUGUCGACUUACCUGCUCGAGCGCAUCGACAAGACUCUCGUCGAUGUGCUCGUGGCAACGGGCGGCUACGACGUUGCGCUCGUUGGCUUGGAACAGUAUGCGUCAUACUGGUACGCGUUCGAGGAUGCCGACGGCCAUUGGGUGCACUUUGAUACCCGAGUCACGGACUACAUGAGCCACGAAGCGUGGAAUGUGCCGAGGACCGUUCUCUCUGGUCUCUAUGCCACGACUGUCGAACACUUCGUCGACAGCAAGGGCAUAGGCAGCGACGAGACCGUGCGUCCGAAGACCGCGAUCCUCUUCUGGCCCAAGCGGUUCCGUGUCACGAUUGUGGGUCCGUCGGGCGCUGUGUCUUUGCUAAGAGCGGCCUUUGACCAUGGCCAGCUCGACGACCUCGGCCUCGGACUCCACGACUGUAUGAUUGGCGCGCUCACGACAUUCGACAACGUCAUUGGUCGGACCAAUGAUGACGAGAAGAUCGCCAUGUUCCAUCUCUUGCUCCAGUACGAAGACGUUGAGCUGCUUCAGCGCUUCAUUCGUGACACGCUGUGUAUUUCGUCUUCCCAAGACACCAGACCCGCUCAGUGCAUCUAUACGAGCUUGGAAACGUUUGGCUGGCCGACGCUGCUGCCUGCGAUCGAGGGCUUCCUUGCGCGGGCGGCCAACGAGGGCGACGCCAACGCGAUCUGCCACCUCCUUGCCAGCUUGGCGGGUCUCACUUCGGAGAGCGACGCUGUGUGUCCGCCGUUGCAGCAGCCAUAUAUUGGCGAGUUUCUCAAAGCGUGCUGGCAGACUCUUCUCGUGGAGCCCAAUUUUUGGCCGGGUUGGACCCCGACCGAGCACUGCAUUUUGUUGGAUUGGUACUUUGACGAUGUGCUGCCGACGCGUCCGGGCGACAACUACCUCGGCCAGUGGCUAACACCUCCGCUGCUCCUGGUCGUCGACAGCUUUGUGUAUUCGCGCCGCGUCGGCUCGCCUGCAGCGCUCUUGGCGGCUCCGUCGACAUGGCACCGAUUGAAGUAUCUUCCAAGGGCCUUGCUGGCGGUCACUCGGCUCCAGCCAUCGCUACAUCAGGCGCCGUACACUGCCGCCAUCACAAUGGCAUUGACGGCGCAGUCGAAGGGCGGUUAUUUGUACGCGGAUGAUAUUGCGACCUUGCUGCAGUACAUGGAGGUCGUAGGUUGUUUCGAUGCAAAGCUCUUAACGGCGUGCCGAGCCUCCUCCCGGAACCUCACGGAAAACGUCUCGGCCAUUCUGAUGUUCGUCAAGCGCGCGCCUCUAUCGACGGCAACGGGUGCUCUUGUGACAAGCUUUCUGCUCGAAUCCGCCCGAACGCUCAAAUACCCACACCGCAACAGCGCCGACAGUAGCCUCACAAGCUCAGUCGCCGAUCUUCUUCGGGCCCUUGUGUUCGUGUCGCCCGAAGCGGCGCUGGACUGUGCGGCCGAAUGGCGCUCGGCGCUACCAGCAACUCUCGACGCCGCCCGCGACGAGCUGUACCCGCUAGUCGAGACGCUACAAUCUCAGGCAUCGGGUGCGCGCUUUCAUGCGUUGCUCAAGUACUUGGCCACCGAGUGCCUGGACGCUUUGGUUAGCGGCGAUGCUCUUGCCCCGCUCCCUGCUUUCAACGACUAUGCAAUCACGAACAUUGAACUCGACGCAGCGCACUGCGACAAUUGCGCUGACGUUUGCAGCUUUCUCCGCACCGGCAACGACACUGCGAUGACGAUUGAAAUGACUCUCUGCGUCGAGAUCAAACUCGCCGUCAUGCGUUACCCGGACCAGCUCGAACUCGACUCCUACUACGACGGCGAAGGCGACUACUUUAUACUGGAGAAGCAAACACAGUCUGGUAUGGCGUCCAAAGACGCGGCCGAAGUACACGCGCGUCGCGAGGACGUGCGUUGGAACGACAUGCAGCGCGUCAAGCAGCUCAAUGCGCUGCUGUCAGCCCUCACGCGCAACACUUCGGGCUCCAAGAAAAAACGCCGUAUUCAGACUGCAUGA